AUGGCUACCGAAGUGAUUUCCGAGGGUACACCCCCGCCGGAGGUUUCACUCGCCCCGACCCAAGAGGUGACCAGAUACAUCAGAAAAGUGGUGACCGCCCUCUUUGACUGUGAGCCCGCAAGUGCUUUAGAAAUGGCACUCAGCGACAGGAAUCAUCUGGAUUCGGUUCAGAAAUUCAUUUCGGAUUCUCAGAUAAGGUCACUCCUUGUUCAGAGCUCCAGCGCGAAAGAUGAGGAGCUUGACCAACCGUCGUCGGACGUGGGGAUGUCCUCCUGCGAAGAUGUUAUUUAUGUAAUAUCUGACGAAGUUCACUUCGCUAAUCCAAAGGUGAACUCGUUGGUGAUGAUUAAGAAAGGAGCUGUGAUCGAAGCCGAUAAGAAAAUCGCAUCCCAAGUGCGGAUUAUGAACUUAUCAGAUGCAUCGCCAUACGAAACACUGCAUAGCUACGUCGCCGGGGCCGUUGCCCCGUACUUCAAGAGCUACGUCAGGCGAACCGGAAGAGUCGAGAGGGAUGGCGAUAAAAUGGCUCCGAAUGUGGAGAAGAAGAUCGCCGAGCUCGAAAUGGGCCUAUUGCAUCUGCAACAAAAUAUCGACAUUCCCGAAAUAACCCUCAUGGUCCAUCCCACGGUUGCGGCGGUCAUCAAGAAGUGUCUAGAUGAAGAGAACCGAAAGGCUAACGUCAAUGAUUUCGGUGACAGCGUCGAGGAUUCAUCUUUCCUCAAUCAGCUCCAGAACGGUGUCAAUCGGUGGAUUCGAGAAAUCCAAAAGGUCACGAAGCUCGAGCGAGACCCCUCAUCUGGUACCGCCCAACAGGAGAUUUCUUUCUGGUUGAAUCUCCAGAGAGCGUUGCUGAGAAUUCAGGAGAAGCGUGAAUCUCAUGAAGUGGCUCUGACUCUGGACAUCCUGAAAAAAGGCAAACGCUUUCUUGCCACGGUUUCUUUCGACACCGACACGGGCUUGAAACAGGCGCUCGAAACGGUGAAUAACUACAAUCCGUUGAUGAAGGAUUUCCCGCUCAACGAACUCCUGUCGGCUACCGAGCUCGACAAGAUCAAGUUGGCGCUCCAGAGUAUCUUCAAUCAUUUGAAGAAGAUCCGCAACACGAAGUACCCGAUCUCGCGCGCGCUGAAACUCGUCGAGGCCAUUUCGAGAGACCUGGCUAACCAAUUAUUCAAAGUUCUUGCCACCCGUCGGCUCAUGCACAUAGCGGCGGACGAGUUCGAAAAAGUCAUGGUAGCUUGCUUCGAAGUGUUUUCCACCUGGGACGAGGAAUACGACAAGCUGAACCAGCUGUUGCGCGAUUUAGUGAAGAAAAAGCGUGAGGAAACCUACAAAAUGGUCUGGAGGCUCACCGCCGCCCACAAGGUGCUCCAAGCGCGAAUGGAGCAAAUGAGGAAAUUCCGACGGCAGCACGAGCAGCUCCGUACCGUCAUAAUCCGGGUCCUGAGACCUCAGGCGACCCCGAUGGUGGACGGAGCGCCGAUCGCAGGGCAACUCGAUUCGAUUGAGCUUGCGUCAGAUGUGAACGCCAUCGAGGAGGUGAACCUCGCCUACGAGAAUGUCAAAGAAGUCGACGGCCUAGACAUCAGUAACGAGGGAGGUCAAGCAUGGGACGCCGCCUGCAAACGAUACGAGGAACGCAUCGACCGGGUCGAGACCCGAAUUACGGCCAAGCUCAGAGAUCAGUUGGGAACGGCGAAAAACGCCAAUGAGAUGUUCCGCAUAUUCUCUCGCUUCAACGCCCUAUUCGUCCGACCUCAUAUCCGAGGCGCAAUCAGAGAAUAUCAAACCCAGCUCAUCCAGCGAGUGAAAGACGACAUCGAGGCGCUCCAUUCGAAAUUCAAGGUUCAAUAUCCCGUGUCGAAGGCCUGCAGGAUGUCCAGGGGCCGUGAUCUGCCCCUGGUGUCCGGCUCGAUCAUCUGGGCGAAGCAAAUCGAUCGACAGCUCUCGGUCUACAUGAAGCGAGUCGAGGACGUUCUCGGCAAAGGUUGGGAGAACCACGUCGAGGGCCAGAAACUCAAGGAGAACGCCGAGAGUUUCCGUAUGAAACUGAACACCCAAGGAAUUUUCGACGAAUGGGUGAGGACCGUUCAGGACCACCACGUGGGCAUCGCCAGCAAAAUAUUCCUCGUCGAAUCACAGCGAUCCCGGACACGGUCAAUCCAGCGGAUCAGGGUCCAUUUCUCGACGGAAGUCGUCACCCUCGCGAAAGAAUCGCGCAAUUUGAAGUCUAUGGGCUUCCGGAUCCCUUUGGCAAUUGCCAACAAGGCGCACCAAGCGAAUCAAGUCUAUCCGUACGCAAUAUCGCUCAUUGAAAGUAUGCGGACCUACGAGAGAACUUGCGAUAAGAUCGAGGAUCGGAUGAACAUCAGUCUUCUGAUCGCCGGUCUGAAGAAAGAAGUUCAGGGCCUCAUCAUGGAAGGCGUCGCGCUGAACUGGGAGUCGUACCGACUCGAUCCCUACGUACAGAAGUUGGCCGAAAUAAUUUUUGUCUUUCAAGAAAAAGUCGAUGAUCUCUUGGUUGUGGACGAGUGCGUCGACGCUGAAGUCAAGGCGAUCGAAACGAGUCCGUACACGCAGCAAAAUUUCGCCGAUAUUCUUGCGCGCAUUCAGAAAAGCGUCGACGAUCUAUCGUUGAAGCAAUACUCAAAUCUGGCUCUGUGGGUCGGCCGACUCGACGACGACGUCGAGAGCCGUCUCGCGAAGAGACUCGGUGAAGGCAUCAAGGCUUGGACCCUGGCUCUGGAGGGCAAGAAAGCCGAUGAGAAUCCCGAACACGACAAUCUUCAGAGCACGACACCGACGACCGAGACCGCGCCGGAAUUCCCGGACACCUGCAAGCUCGGAGGCGAACCGAAAAUCCAGACGUUGAUGCAUGACAUCCGAAUGCUCAAUCAGAUCAUGUACGUCUCGCCUUCGGUCGAAGAGAGCCGAUGCAAGCUCCUCGAACAGUUCUUCCUCUGGGAGAACAUAGUCCUCGCCCAGAACAGGAUCCAAUCCAGCAGGUACCAAGUGGGUCUCGAGCAGCAGCCCCAGUCGGCCACCACCUACAGGAACAUCUUCACUAAAAUUCCAGACGGGGCUGUGGUGAUGGAGAGCGCGUAUACGGCCAUCGAAGUGACGGUGAGACAAAUGAAGGAAUACGUCGACGAAUGGCUACGAUAUCAGUCCCUAUGGGAUCUGCAGCCCGAGCAGCUGUACGCGAAGUUAGGCGAGGACAUUAACCUCUGGAUGAAUACUCUCGUCGAGAUCAGAAAAUCACGUUCCACGUUCGACACUUCGGAAACGAGGAAAGAAAUCGGUCCCAUCAUCAUCGAUUACGCGAAGGUCCAGAGCAAGGUCAGCCUGAAAUACGAUUCGUGGCACAAGGAGGUUCUCGGCCGUUUCGGGCAACUCCUCGGUAACGAAAUGUCACAGUUCCACACGACGAUUUCCAAGUCGCGAAACGAACUCGAGCAGCAAUCGAUCGACACGGCCUCGACUUCGGAUGCCGUGCAGUUCAUCACCUACGUCCAGAGUCUCAAGCGCAAGAUGAGGCCGUGGGAGAAACAAGUCGAGCUCUACAAGGAGGGUCAACGCAUUCUGGAACGUCAGCGUUUCCAAUUCCCGAACAGCUGGCUGCACGUCGACAACGUCGAAGGGGAAUGGGGCGCGUUCAACGAGAUGAUCCGCCGGAAAGACGCCGCCAUCUCUACCCAGGUGGCAUCGCUGCAGAUGAAGGUCGUUCAGGAGGACAAGGCGGUGGAAUCGAGGACCAACGAGUGUCUUACUGAAUGGGACAAGAGCAAACCGGUUCAAGGAUCUCUCAAACCUCAGGAUGCCAUGCAACAGCUGGCGAUAUUCGAGGGGAAGCUCACUCGCCUCCGGGAAGACCGCGAGAAGCUCCACAAAGCCAAAGAAGCUCUCGAAUUGGAAUUGCAGACAGGGAGCGACGAACGAGUGGAAGUUGCCUUCGAGGAACUCCGCGACCUGAAAGGUGUCUGGGGUGAGCUCGCCAAGAUCUGGGAGCAAAUCGACCAGAUGAAAGAGCAGCCCUGGCUCUCGGUACACGCACGUAAACUACGCCAAAGCCUCGACGGCCUUCUCAACCAGCUCAAAGAGCUGCCCGCGCGCCUUCGGCAGUACGCCUCGUACGACUACGUCAAGAGAAUGAUUCAAGCGUACACGAAAGUCAAUAUGCUCGUGGUCGAAUUGAAGAGCGACGCUCUCAAGGAACGACACUGGAAGAAUCUCAUGAGGCAGCUCAGGGUGAACUGGGUGCUCUCGGAGUUGACGUUGGGACAGGUUUGGGACGUAGAUCUACAAGCCAACGAAGGCAUCAUCAGAGACGUCAUUCUAGUAGCACAAGGAGAAAUGGCCCUCGAAGAGUUCCUCAAACAGGUUCGAGAGGCGUGGCAGACGUACGAGCUCGACCUGAUCACUUAUCAGAACAAAUGCAAGCUCAUCCGAGGAUGGGACGAUCUUUUCAACAAAGUCAAAGAGCACAUCAACUCGGUGGCAGCAAUGAAACUCUCGCCGUACUACAAAGAAUUCGAGGAGGAAGCCUUGUCGUGGGAGGAGAAACUCAACAGGAUCAACGCCAUAUUCGAUGUUUGGAUCGACGUACAAAGACGUUGGGUCUAUCUCGAGGGUAUCUUCAGCGGUAGCGCCGAUAUCCAGACGCUGCUGCCAAACGAAACAUCGAAAUUCCACAGUAUUUCCAGCGAGUUCCUGACGCUCAUGAAAAAGGUGUCGAAGUCCCCGCUGGUCAUGGACGUAUUGAACAUCCAGGAGGUCCAACGAUCCCUCGAGCGCCUGGCUGAGAGGCUCAGCAAAAUUCAGAAAGCUCUGGGAGAGUACCUUGAAAGAGAGAGAUCGUCUUUCCCCAGAUUCUACUUCGUGGGAGACGAGGACCUCCUGGAAAUCAUCGGUAACUCGAAAAACAUUCCUCGCCUCCAGAAACACUUCAAGAAAAUGUUCGCUGGCGUAUCCUCGAUUAUCCUCAAUGAGGAUAACACCGUCGUUUUGGGCCUGUGUUCGAAAGAAGCCGAAGAGGUGCGCUUCGUGACCCCGGUUUCGAUCGCCAAACACCCGAAGAUCAACGAUUGGCUCACAGAGGUCGAGAAAGAAAUGCGGGUCACCUUGGCCAGGAUGCUCGCCCGGGCUGUAGCCACGAUCGCUCCCUUCAAACACGGCAAUAUCGAUCAAGCGGCCUUCAUGAAUUGGUGCGAUGACUAUCAGAGCCAAAUCGUUGUUCUAGCGGCGCAGAUUUCCUGGUCGGAGGACGUCGAGAGCGCUCUCCAGACCAUACACGCGAACAACGAUAAACACCUCGGACCGCUCCAAGCCGUCCUGGAUAGCGUCCAGCGAACUCUGGGUGUCUUGGCUGACUCGGUCCUGCAGGAGCAACCUCCUCUCCGCAGGAAGAAACUGGAACAUCUGAUCACCGAGUUCGUGCACAAACGAGAUGUCACGAGACGCAUGCUCCGGGACGAAAUCAGCUCACCGAAGGCUUUCCAAUGGCUGUCGCAGAUGAGAUUCUACUUCGAUCCGAAGCAGGACAACGUUCUCGAACAGCUGUCGAUCAACAUGGCGAACGCCAAGUUCAACUACGGCUUUGAAUACCUCGGGGUUCAGGAAAAACUAGUGCAGACCCCUCUCACCGAUCGCUGCUAUCUCACGAUGACACAAGCCCUCGAGGCCAGACUCGGAGGUUCACCGUUCGGUCCGGCGGGAACGGGAAAAACCGAAUCGGUGAAAGCGCUCGGCAACCAGCUCGGAAGAUUCGUGCUGGUUUUCAACUGUGAUGAAACCUUCGACUUCCAGGCGAUGGGACGCAUUUUCGUCGGUCUCUGUCAGGUCGGAGCGUGGGGAUGCUUCGACGAAUUCAAUCGUCUCGAGGAGCGAAUGCUGUCGGCCGUUUCUCAGCAAAUUCAAAUGAUCCAGGAAACGCUAAGGAGUCGAUUGAGCAAUCCAGAUAGCAGAGAGACGCUGCAAGUAGAACUGCUAGGGAAGCAGGUGAAGGUCUCGACCGACAUGGCGAUCUUCAUCACGAUGAAUCCGGGAUACGCAGGACGGUCCAACCUCCCGGACAAUCUGAAAAAGCUCUUCAGAUCGCUAGCAAUGACAAAACCCGAUCGCCAGCUGAUUGCUCAGGUGAUGCUGUUUUCCCAAGGUUUCCGAUCAGCUGAGAAACUCGCGAGCAAAAUCGUGCCGUUCUUCAAACUGUGCGACGAGCAGCUAUCCAAUCAGAGUCACUACGACUUCGGGCUGCGUGCGCUGAAAAGCGUGCUCGUCAGCGCGGGCAACAUCAAACGUGACCGUAUCCAGAAGAUCAAAGACAGCCGGAGAGACGACGGCGACGCGGUGGAAGAGAGUCAGAUCGCCGAAAAAUUGCCGGAACAGGAAAUCCUCAUCCAGUCGGUCUGCGAGACCAUGGUUCCGAAAUUGGUGGCGGAAGACAUCCCGCUGCUGAGUUCGCUCAUGUCCGACGUGUUCCCCGGCGUCCAAUAUCAGAGAGCCGAGAUGGAAAAACUCAAGAACCACAUCCAUAAGGUCUGCAGGGAAAUGUACCUCGUUUCCGGCGAAGGCGACGAGAUGGGGGGCAGCUGGAUGGAGAAGGUUUUGCAACUCUAUCAGAUCUCGAAUCUCAACCACGGACUCAUGAUGGUCGGUCCGUCCGGUAGCGGGAAAUCCAUGGCCUGGAGGGUUCUCCUCAAAGCGCUCGAACGACACGAGGAACAGGAAGGCGUCGCGCACGUCAUCGAUCCAAAAGCCAUUUCCAAAGAAUCGCUUUACGGGGUCCUAGAUCCGAACACUCGCGAAUGGACGGACGGUCUCUUCACUCAUAUACUCAGGAAGAUCAUCGACAACGUCCGCGGUGAAAUCGGCAAGAGACAAUGGAUCAUAUUCGAUGGUGACGUCGACCCCGAAUGGGUCGAAAACCUGAACUCGGUCCUCGACGACAACAAGCUACUGACACUGCCGAACGGAGAACGUCUCUCGAUCCCUCCCAACGUGCGGAUCAUGUUCGAGGUGCAGGACCUGAAAUACGCCACGUUGGCCACCGUCUCACGUUGUGGCAUGAUUUGGUUCUCGGAGGACGUUCUCUCGACCCAGAUGAUCUGCCAAAACUACUUCAACAAACUGCGGGCGAUCCCUCUCGAGGAAGAUGAAGACAACAAAACGAUUCGAAGCAAAAACAAGGAAGACAACGACACGAUAUCGCCGAUCCUGACCCUACAGAAAGACAUGGCCGCCAUUCUCUUACCGCAUUUUGCCGAGGGUGACCUCGUAACCAAAGCGAUGGAGUUUGCCAAAGACCACCUCGACCACAUCAUGGACUUCACGAGACUUCGGGCCUUAUCGGCGUUGUUCUCGAUGCUGAACCAAUCCGUUCGAAACGUGAUCCAGUACAAUUCCACCCAUCCCGACUUUCCAAUGCAGCACGAUGCCCUGGAAAAAUACAUGUCCAAGAGUCUGGUGUACGGACUGCUGUGGAGUUUCAGUGGGGACGGGAAACUCAAGGCUCGAACCGACCUUGGGGACUAUCUACGGUCGGUGACGUCGAUCCCCCUGCCGCCGGCCCAAGCUAUCGUCGACUUCGAAGUGUCGAUCCAAACCUGCGAAUGGACUCCAUGGGCGUCCAAAGUUCCUCAAAUCGAAGUCGAAACCCACAAGGUGGCCGCUCCGGACGUCGUCAUCCCGACGAUGGACACCGUACGUCACGAGAGUCUCCUCUACACUUGGCUGGCUGAGCACAAGCCCCUGGUGCUGUGCGGUCCGCCGGGUUCGGGAAAAACGAUGACGUUGUUCUCAGCGCUCCGGUGCCUACCCGACAUGGAAGUGGUCGGUUUGAACUUCUCGUCGGCGACCACCCCCGAGCUCCUUCUGAAAACUUUCGAUCACUACUGCGAGUACAGGAAAACCCCGAACGGCAUGGUAUUGAGUCCUAUCCAGAUCGGCAAGUGGCUCGUUCUGUUCUGCGACGAGAUCAAUCUUCCUGACCAGGACAAAUACGGAACGAUGAGAGUGAUCUCUUUCCUCCGACAAAUGGUCGAACACGGUGGUUUCUACAGGACAGUCGACCAGGUAUGGGUGAAGCUGGAGCGAAUCCAGUUCGUGGGCGCCUGCAAUCCGCCCACCGAUCCGGGCCGAAAGCCCUUGUCGCACCGAUUCUUGCGACAUGUGCCCAUCGUAUACGUCGACUAUCCUGGGGAAACUUCUCUCAAGCAGAUCUACGGCACAUUCAACCGAGCCAUGCUCCGGAUGGUGUCUUCGCUCAAGUCCUAUUCGGAGCCGCUGACCUCGGCCAUGGUCGAGUUCUAUCUGAGAUCGCAGGAGAGGUUCACACAGGACAUGCAGCCGCAUUACGUGUACUCUCCGCGUGAGCUCACCAGAUGGGUGCGCGGUAUCUGCGAAGCGGUGAGACCGCUAGAGACACUCUCCGUGGAAGGUCUGGUCCGAUUGUGGGCCCACGAGGGUCUGCGCUUGUUCCAGGACCGCCUGGUCGAGGACCAGGAACGUCAGUGGACCGAUGAGAAUAUUGAUGCCGUUGCCAUGAAAUAUUUCCCCAGCGUCGAUGCUGGCGAAGCCCUGGCCAGGCCGAUACUCUACUCGAAUUGGCUCUCGAAAGACUACGUUCCGGUCAAAAGAGAGGAACUACGGGACUACGUACGCGCCCGGCUCAAAAUAUUCUACGAGGAAGAGCUCGACGUUCAACUGGUUCUCUUCAACGAAGUUCUCGACCAUGUUCUGCGAAUCGAUCGAAUUUUCCGACAGCCACAGGGACAUCUUUUGUUGAUUGGAGUUUCUGGCGCCGGAAAAACCACACUGUCCCGAUUCGUCGCCUGGAUGAAUGGACUCAAGGUCUUCCAGAUCAAGGUCCACAACCGAUACAACGCCGCCGACUUUGAUGAAGACCUCCGGAACGUACUCCGUCGUUCCGGAUGCAAGGGGGAGAAAAUCGCUUUCAUCUUGGACGAAGGAAACGUCUUGGACUCCUCGUUCCUCGAACGUAUGAACACCCUGCUCGCGAACGGAGAAGUUCCUGGACUCUUCGAAGGAGACGAAUACACGACGCUCAUGACGCAGUGCAAAGAAGGCUCGCAGCGGGAAGGCCUCAUGCUCGAUUCGAACGAAGAACUCUACAAGUGGUUUACGGGUCAGGUGAUGCGGAAUUUGCACGUCGUGUUCACCAUGAACCCAUCGGUCAACGGUCUGAAGGAUCGAGCGGCGACUUCACCCGCUCUCUUCAAUCGAUGCGUCCUCAACUGGUUCGGAGACUGGUCCGAUGAGGCGCUCUAUCAAGUGGGCUUGGAGUUCACGAAGAGACUCGACAUCGAUCGUCUCGACUAUCGCCAGCCGGACUAUUUCCCGGUCGCGGUAAGCCAACUCGAAACCCCGGUCAACUACCGACAGGCCAUCGUCAACGCUUUCGUUUACGUCCAUCAGACGCUGCAUAAAGCAUCAACGAGACUUGCAAAACGCGGCGGUAGACAGACGACGAUCACACCCCGUCACUACUUGGACUUCAUAUCUCAUUAUGUGAAGCUGUUCAAUGAGAAACGGUCCGAACUCGAAGACGAACAACUUCAUUUGAAUAUCGGUCUGCACAAGAUCCGCGAAACAGUGGAUCAGGUGGAGGAGAUGCAGAAGUCCCUCGCUCUCAAGUCAAGAGAACUCGAGGAGAAGAACACGGCCGCCAACGCAAAACUGAAGGAAAUGUUGGCAGGACAACAGGAGGCUGAGAAGAAGAAAGUCGAAAGUCAACGAAUACAACAGGCGCUCUUGGAGCAAGAAGCCGUCAUCGCCGAAAAGCGUACCAGUGUCAUGGAAGACCUUUCCAAAGUCGAGCCCGCCGUCGAGGAUGCUCAGACAGCUGUCAAAUCGAUCAAGAAACAGAAUCUGGUCGAGAUCAGAUCCAUGGCUAACCCGCCACCUCCGGUGAAGAUGACGUUGGAGGCGAUCUGUCUGAUCCUCGGGGAAAUAGCUCCGGACUGGAAGGCAAUCCGUGGAGUGAUAAUUCGGGACAACUUCAUAUCGACUAUCAUCAACUUCAACGCAGAGUCUAUCACCGAUGAAAGCCGGGCGAAGAUGAAGGCAAAGUACUUGGACAACGCCGAGUUCAAUUACGAGAAAAUCAACCGGGCGUCGGUCGCCUGCGGCCCUCUCGUCAAAUGGGCGAUCGCGCAGUGCAACUACGCAGACAUGUUGAAACGUGUCGAGCCGCUACGGAACGAGCUGUCCAGUUUGGAGUCGUCGGCAAACAAGAACAAGGAAGAUGCCGAAGAGAUGAACAAGCUCAUCGCCGAGCUCGAGAAGAGCAUCGCUGCCUACAAGGAAGAGUACGCGAACCUCGUCAGCGAGGCCCAGAGCAUCAAGAGCGACCUGGCCAACGUUCAGGCCAAGGUCGAUCGUUCGAUCAAUCUCCUGAAGUCUCUUGGUGGAGAAAAAGAUCGCUGGGAGCUCACGAGCGAGACGUUCAAGAACCAGAUGUCGACGAUCUCGGGCGAUGUGCUACUGGGGUCGGCGUUCUUGGCCUACGCCGGAUAUUUUGAUCAGUCCUACCGGCACAACCUGUUCAACACCUGGUGCAUACAUCUCCAACAAGCCGCAAUCAAUUUCCGUCAGGACAUCGCAAGGACGGAGUACCUAUCUACGGCGGAUGAGCGGCUCAGAUGGCAGGCCAACUCGUUGCCGUCAGAUCAUCUCUGUACGGAGAACGCUAUCAUGCUCAAGCGGUUCAAUCGAUACCCGCUCAUCAUCGAUCCGUCCGGUCAAGCAACGGAAUACAUCAUGCAGGAAUUCAAGGAUAAGAAGAUCACGAAAACCUCGUUCCUCGACGAUUCGUUCCGCAAAAAUCUCGAAUCAGCUCUUCGUUUCGGUAAUCCACUUCUCGUACAGGAUGUCGAAAGCUACGAUCCGAUCCUCAAUCCGGUGCUGAACCGGGAGGUCCGCAAGACUGGAGGACGGGUUCUCAUCACGCUGGGCGACCAAGACAUCGAUCUCUCGCCGACGUUCUCGAUUUUCCUGUCGACUCGUGAUCCGACCGUCGAGUUCCCGCCCGAUCUCUGCUCGAGAGUCACGUUCGUUAACUUCACCGUCACUCGAAGCUCACUGCAGAGUCAGUGUCUCAACCAGGUGUUGAGGUCCGAGCGUCCCGACAUCGACGAAAAACGAACGGAUCUCUUGAAGCUACAAGGCGAAUUCCAGGUUCGUCUGCGUCAAUUGGAAAAGUCCUUGCUCCAAGCCCUGAACGACUCGAAGGGCAGAAUUCUGGACGACGACAGCGUUAUUUCCACACUCGAAAAACUCAAAACCGAAGCAGCGGAAAUAUCUCGCAAGGUGGAGGAGACCGACAAGGUCAUCGCCGAGGUCGAGACUGUAUCCCAGCAGUACAUGCCGCUCGCAACGGCUUGUUCUUCGAUCUACUUCACGCUGGAGGGCCUGAAUCAGGCCCACUUCCUGUACCAGUAUUCGUUGCAUUUCUUCCUCGAGAUGUACAACGACGUGUUGACCAACAACUCGCAUCUGCAAGGAAUGACCGACCCCACCCAGAGACUCGGUGUGAUCAGCAAAGAUCUUUUCCAGAUAGUAUUCAACAGAGUCACCCGCGGAAUGCUCCACCACGACCACCUUGCGUUCGCGAUCCUGCUCUGCAAAAUCCAUCUGAAGGGUUUCUCAAACGAGCCGCACUUCGACAACCUCUUCAACCACUUCCUCAGAGGACGCGAAGGAAUGCUCGGCAAGGGCUCAAUCAACUUCCAGGGCUUCACCACCGAACAACAGGAAGGAGCCUCAGCGCUGCUCAAGCUCAGCUAUUUCUCGCAACUGCAGUCGAAGCUCGACCAACAGCGAGCCUCCGUCGACGAGUGGCUGCGACUUGAACAUUCCGAGCUCCAAGUUCCUCCUAUCUGGGACGGUCAGAACGUCUCGAAGAUCGACGAGCACAUGCUGCAGCUACUGCUGGUCCAAGCUCUACGACCGGACCGGGUUAUCGCCAAAGCCCACCAGGUCGUGAACGCUGUCAUGAGCGAGGCUUUCAUGUCAUCGGCAUAUUCAGAACUCGACCUCGUCAAUAUCGUCCAGCACGAAGUGAAAGCCAACACUCCGAUUCUGAUGUGCUCGGUCCCGGGUUACGAUGCCUCGGGACGGGUUGACGACCUUGCCACCGAGCUGAGCGCCAACCUGUCGUCGAUCGCAAUGGGGUCGGCCGAGGGUUUCUCACAAGCCGAGAAAGCUAUCAACUCCGCUUCGAAAACCGGUCGCUGGGUCAUGCUCAAGAACGUGCACCUAGCCCCAGCGUGGCUGGUGCAACUCGAGAAGAAACUCCACGCCCUUCAAGCCCAUCCAGGGUUCCGACUAUUUCUCACGUUGGAAAUCCACCCGAAAGUUCCUGUCAACUUACUUAGGGCCGGACGAUGCUUCGUGUUCGAGCCCCCGCCGGGAAUCAGAUCGAACCUCUUGAGAACGUUCUCCACCGUCCCCGCACAGCGAGUGAUGAAAACUCCGAACGAACGCGCCAGAAUGUACUUCCUCCUGGCCUGGUUCCACGCGAUCGUCCAGGAGAGAUUGAGGUACGUGCCCCUCGGUUGGUCGAAACACUACGAGUUCAACGAGAGCGAUCUCAGAGUCGCUUGCGAUACUUUGGAUGUUUGGAUCGAGAGCGCCAGCAUGGGCAGAACGAACCUGCCGCCGGAGAAAGUUCCCUGGACGGCUCUCAGAACUCUUUUCGGCCAAUGCAUAUACGGUGGGAAAAUCGACAACGAGUUCGACCAGAGACUCCUCAACUCGUUCCUCACCAACCUCUUCACAGAGAAGAGUUUCGAUGCCGACUUCAUGCUGGUCGAGGCCGGCCAGGGCUCCGCUGGGAUCCAUAUGCCCGAGGGAAUACGUCGCGAUCAGUUCCUGCAUUGGGUCGAACAACUCACCGAACUCCAACAACCCUCGUGGCUUGGACUUCCCAACAACGCUGAGAAAGUUCUGCUCACCAAUCGGGGCAGCGAUCUGUUGGCGAAAUUACUGCGCAUGCAGCUUCUCGAGGACGACGACGACGAGGUCGUCUACUCGGAAGAUGAGGCUCAGCUCGGCGAAGCUGCAAAAUCCAAGAAGCGAGGAUCUCUCGACUCCUUGGCGCGUCCCGCCUGGAUGGUGGCCCUCCAAAACUCAGCCUCGACGUGGCUGUCUCUCGUACCGACCAGCCUCCAAACACUGAAACGGACCAAAGACAACAUCCGAGAUCCUCUUUACCGCUAUUUCGAGCGCGAAGUCAAUGUUGGCGCUCAGCUGCUAUCGCUCAUCAGGCGGGACCUCGAAGACAUUGUACUUAUCUGCAAGGGAGAGAAGAAACAGACGAACCUGCAUCGACAAAUGAUUUCCGAACUGGCCAAGGGCGGCGUUCCGACCCAUUGGAAGGGUCGCUACACUCCGCCGCCCGCGUGUACCGUCAUACAGUGGAUAACGGACUUCAACGAACGUGUCAAUCAGCUGGCGAAGGUUUCGAAGGCCUGCACCGGAGGAGGACCCGCUGCCUUGAAAGCGCUCGUUGUGUGGCUCGGUGGUUUAUUCAAUCCUGAAGCUUACAUCACGGCCACUCGACAGUAUGUCGCUCAGGCAAACGAAUGGUCCCUGGAAGAACUCACACUUUCGGUGACAAUGCGAACCCAAGCGGAAACCAAUCCUCAGCUGGAUGAGUGCAGUUUCGCGAUUUCUUCGCUGAAACUACAAGGCGCCGAAUGCACAAAUGCCUCGAAACUGAUGCUAUCGAUGGACAUCCUCUCAGAUCUUCCUUUGACAAUUCUGACGUGGGUCAAGGCAACCGAAGACGAGAGGAAGGCGCAGUCCGUCGUAACGCUACCAGUCUAUCUGAACUCGAGUAGGACGGAACUGCUGUUCACCGUCGACCUCGAGGCCACGGAUGUCAAGCAAGCCCAAAGCUUCUACGAGCGAGGAGUGGCUGUUCUAUGCAGUUACAGUUUGGGAUGAAUGGAGAGCACAGAUACUAUAUUUUGGAAUUUUGGAGAUAUUUAUUAUUCAUGAAGCGAAGUACCGGUGUAUUUGGACGGGAUUGAUUACGCUUCGUUGCUGGUAA